AGAUUCAUAAAACAAGGGAAAGAAGAAACAAAGAACCGAAACUUUGAGAAUGCCAUUAAGCUGUUUAAUAAGGCAUACAAAAUUCAUCCUAGUGAAAAGCUGAAAGGUCGCAUUGAAAAGUUGGAGGAAGCUCUUGCAGCUUGGGAUCUUAAGGAGGAGGAAGAUGACGAAUUUGUUAAUGUUUUGAGCAGUGGUUUGAUGCUGUUCAGAGAUUUGUAUGAAAAACUUUAUCUGCAUCAAAAGGAGGGUGUGGCUUUCCUGUAUAGCCUUUACAGAGAUGAAAGAAAAGGGGGAAUUCUUGCUGAUGACAUGGGUCUUGGAAAAACUAUUCAGAUUAUUGCCUUUCUUUCUGCGAUGUUUGAUGCAGACUUGAUAAAAAAUGUUUUGGUAGUCAUGCCAACUACCCUUAUUUCUAAUUGGUCCAAAGAAUUUUCCAAAUGGACCCCUGGGAUGAGGGUUAAAGAAUUUCAUGGUACCAGUAAGUCUGAACGCUCAAAAAACUUGGAACGAAUUCAGAGACGAGGUGGAGUACUGAUUACAACAUACCAGAUGUUGGUUAAUAAUUGGCAGCAACUCUCCACUGUUGAUGGUUCAGAAUUUACUUGGGAUUACAUUAUUCUUGAUGAAGCACACAAAAUAAAAACACCAUCUGCCAAAACUACAAAAUGUGCUCAUUGUAUUCCAGUGAAGAAUCGCAUCCUUCUCACCGGUACACCUGUACAAAACAAUCUCCGUGAGAUGUGGUCACUGUUUGAUUUUGCAUGCCAGGGAUCAUUGUUGGGAACCUCUAAAACAUUCAAAAUGGAAUAUGAAAAUCCAAUAACCAGGGCCAGGGAAAAAGAUGCUACCCCAGGUGAAAGGGUACUUGGACUUAGGAUUUCAGAAAAUCUUAUGAAUAUUAUAAAACCAUACUUUCUAAGACGUACAAAAGAAGAUGUUCAGAACAAAAAAAGUCAUGAGACGAAGGAGGAUGAAUCUAAAAAUGUAGUGCAGAACAGUAAUAAUGUAGUGAUGCCUUCAUUGACCAGGAAGAAUGAUUUGAUUGUGUGGGUUUACCUUAGUCAAGUACAGGAAGAAAUUUACAGAAAUUUUUUAUCAUUGGAUGAGGUAAAGGAAGUGUUAAUGACCACUAAGACACCUUUAACUCUAUUAAACGUCUUGAAAAAGCUGUGUGAUCACCCUAGGUUGUUGUCUGCUCGAGCCUGCAGACAACUGGGUCUUGAAAGUCCACAAGAUAUUGAAGAUCUUGAUUCAGAAGCAGAGUCUGGGAAUAGCAGAAUAGAUGGCCUGUCUGAUGAAACUCUUGUUCAGGAGUCUGGGAAGUUGAUAUUCCUCAUAGGUCUGCUGGAAAGACUUCGAGAUGAAGGUCAUCAAACCCUUGUUUUCUCUCAGUCAAGAAAAAUGUUGGACAUAAUUCACCGUAUAUUAAGCAGAAAAGGAUUUAAAAUAAUGCGUAUUGAUGGAACAAUUUCUCAUAUUGCAGAACGUGAAAAACGGAUCAGUGUUUUCCAGAGUAAUAAAGAUUAUGCAGUGUUCUUACUCACAACACAAGUCGGUGGUGUUGGAAUUACCUUAACUGCAGCAACAAGAGUAGUUAUUUUUGAUCCAAGCUGGAACCCUGCUACUGAUGCUCAAGCUGUGGAUAGAGCAUAUAGGAUAGGACAGAAAGAAAAUGUAGUUAUCUACAGGUUAAUUACCUGCAGUACUGUGGAGGAGAAGAUUUAUCGAAGGCAAGUAUUCAAGGAAUCUUUAAUCAGGCAAACAACUGGUGACAAAAAGAAUCCAUUCAGAUAUUUCACUAAACAAGAACUAAAAGAGCUGUUUACAUUAGAAGAUCCUAGGAUGUCUACGACACAGUUGCAGCUUCAGUCCAUGCAUGCUGCUCACAGGCGGACAGACACGGAACUGGAUGAGCAUAUUGCCUUUCUGCACACAUUAGAGAUCUUUGGAGUUUCUGAUCAUGAUCUUAUGUAUUCUCAAGAUGCAGGUACUUGUGACCUCGAAGAUGAUGAUGAGGCUCAGCAGUACAUUGAAAACAGAGUUCAAAAGGCCCAUGAGCUCGUUCAAGCUGAAUCACAGCUUAAUCAGCAACUGAUGCAGCAACUUAAAGAUGGGACAGAGCCAGCAUGGCUUGGGCAUCCUGAGCUUUUUGCUAGACCAAAGGAAAGAAAACCUGCAAAAUCUGAGCUUAAUUCUCAAAAUAAGCCACUGUGGGGUGAAGAGAGUGAAUAUCUACAGUCUGAAGUCAUUGAUCUUAGACUGGAUGGAGAUGACUAUCAACGUGUUGGACAUAAUGAGUCUGAAGUAAUUGAUCUUGACAUGAAUGAAGAUGAAAUUCAGAAUAUUAGCUGCAAAAUUAAAAGUAUGGUCAUUGAGGAGUCCUUGGAACAGUCAGAAAAAGAUGCGUUUGUCACAGACCGUUCUGUUUCAGGACAUAACACGUCUCAGCCCAGUGAUAUACUUGCUGUAUCUUUUUCUCAGCCUCUUAAUCCAAGUAGCAACAGCACUGUGACUAAAGAAACCAUGCAGGUCAAGUCAGAAAACAAAUCUGUUCUGUUGACUGAUGAAGCUUCCACCCCUUCAAAUUUUGAAACUGGCUGUGCAAAUAAAGCAGGUCAUAACAGUGAUGCAGCAGUCACAAUUAUUCAGGCUCCAGAAAAUUGUGAAGAUGUUGAAAUGUCCUCUCCAUUGCCUAAAAGUUUGCACCACCAUUCAGAUUCUGAGACAGCUGAUGUUAAAAUGAGCAUUUCACAUCACAUCGAGCUAUCAACAGAUGUCACACAAGAACUGUUAGAACUUCAGAAUCCUAAUCAAGCUGAAGCUUCUCAGUUUGAAGAGACUACAUCUCAGUUGCAGUGUGAUUUUAAUUUGGUUUUGGAGGAUUCUGUGAGUGAUGAAAACUUUGGUAGUUCAGUCAGUCACCUGAAAACUGGUACAGAUCUUAAAAAUAUUACAGCAAGUAGUCAGUUAAACAUUAGUGCUGUAGAGUCUUUAAGAGAGUUAUCAAGGACAGAGCUUCAUGACCAAGAUGUGUCAUCUCCUGUUCACUUAGUCAAAAGGAAGAUGAGAAGGAUUAUUUCAGAUUCUGAGGAGGAGGAGAAUGACGAUGUUGCAGUCUUUGAAAUGGAUGAAAAGGUUGCUGAGAAAUUGUCUUUGCAGAGCCCUUUAAAUUCGUCAUUUCAUACGAACAGUACCUCCACUCCAAAACAAACUGCAUUAGUUAAAGAUUCAUUUUCACAUAGAAAAAGCUCGGGAGGAAAUCAUUCGAUCAGUUCUAGACGAUCUCUUGUUAAUGUUGUAGUUGAAGACUUGGAAGAGCUUCAAGAAACGGUAGAUGACAAUAAAGCACUAAGUAUUAUAGAUGCAGAAGAGGAAGAAAACUGGCUUGUUGAACAAGCAGAUGAAGGUAGUGAAUCUGAUGCCUCUUCUGAAGAGGAGCCCGAUGGGGAAAGCUUGCACACUGUAGACACCAAUGGCUACGAGUCUGAAAUUGUUUUGGAAGGCUCAAAACAAGUAGAUAGUUUUGUGGAAGAGAGUUCUUCAGAAGAAAUGACUGAUAUUGAACUUGCCUCUAAUGAAGAGGUGCAUUCUUUUGCCCAGAAAAGAACUGAACUUGAACCUGAUCAGGUGCAAUUGUUAGCUGAGCAAAAUAUGCCCUCUCUUGGGGAGAGCUGCAACCCUGUUUACCAAUUUCAGUUUCCAGCAAAAGAUGAAUAUGAGAUUUUGGUAAAUUGUGGAAAGAAUUUGAUGUCAAAUGGGAAACUUCAAGAUGCCUUAGCUGUAUUUUUGCAAGCACUUGACCUAAAAAGUGGAGAUCCAGAAAUUCAGUUACUGACUAUAAGUUUGUAUAGAAAGCUUUCUCAAAAAUAACUAGUCCGGAGAGAACAAUAGUCUGUUGGUGUAAGAAAUGAGAAAAAGCAAAAAUGCACUUUUUUCUCUACAGUUACUGUGACUAUACAAAGUCAUUCUGCAUUAGAGUUAAUUUAGGAGAAAAAAUCCCUCUGCAUUUGAUGAGCAACUCUGUAGAAUUACAAAAAAGUUGCACUUAAAGCUGUUGAGUUUGUAACAUUAAUCUGCAUUUUUUGCAGGCUCCUUAGCUGCAUAUUGUUUUAACUGUUUGUGGGUUCUUGUAUCAGUCCAAAACUGGACGAACCAUGCCACAUCGAAUGGCUUCUCAUUGGUUUUACAUGAGCAGCCCUUUCAUCGUUCAUACUGGCUAAAAUUUGGUAUUAAAUGCACCUGUUUGCUUAUUUGCUUAAUUUAUGCACCCUAACUUUGUAUGUUAACCUGUUAACCUUGAACUUGACUGAUCUUUAACUGUAGUCACGUGUGUUAUUACUUUAAUAUUUCCCUGUAUAUACUUUCUGAUUUACUUAAAAUUAUUCUGUCCUCUUGCCAUACAGAAUGUCAAAGAAAAAAAUAUGAUUGUUGUGAAUAAGCUGA